AUGGCACGACCGGCCAACGACCUUGUCGACUUUGAUCUCAUCGAGACGCAGAAAGAGAAUAUCCAGUCGCUGCCCAGUGGGAGGUCGGCAAAGGCGCUGGCAGCAGUGUUCUCCCCUCGACCGUUAAACCAGGGCGCUGGAUCACCAGGAUUGGACGAAACAAGGACACUGAACGAUGCGGUUCGGCGUGAAUACGAGGCUGAACUGGAGUCCAUUGCAGAAUCAGACGAUCCUCUCGAUAUAUACGACAGAUAUGUGAAAUGGACGCUGGACGCAUAUCCAUCUGCGCAAGCAACUCCGCAGUCGGGCUUGCUCCCAUUACUAGAACGCGCAACAAACGCAUUUUUAAGCUCAGCCCACUACAAGAAUGAUCCACGAUAUCUGCGGCUCUGGCUACAUUAUAUACAGCUCUUCUCAGACUCUCCCAGAGAGACGUUUGCCUUUUUAGCACGGCAUGGUGUUGGCGCGCACCUGGCACUCUUUUAUGAGGAGUUUGCUUCAUGGUUGGAGCGAGACGGGAGGGUGUCACAGGCCGAAGAAGUAUAUAAGAUGGGCAUCGAGAAGGAAGCCAGGCCGAUCGAACGACUCUUUAGAAAGUUUGGGGAGUUUCAGAAGCGGAUGGAGCAGAGACCAAGCGGUUCAGGUGGUCCCUCGUCUCCUGCACUCCCCACCGUACGGCCAGCUCUGGCAGCCAAGUUCGACCCCUUUGCAUCAUCCGCAGCGAGUCAGGACCCUCAAGCUGCGCCUGCGGGUCGAGGUGGAGGCGGAAAGGCUACCCGCAGUGGUAAGCCAAAAAUGGCGAUAUUCUCUGAUGCAAAUGCGGGAGAUGACGCCCUGAAGACGAGCUCUGGUCCAGGCACGAAAGGAUGGGACAGCAUCGGAUCACUAAAGGACCGUAGGAAAGAAAACACGAUCGAGCCGACGCCGUGGGCUGGGCAGACUUUGAAGGCCGGGAAGAAGCCUGCAGCAACCCAGAAAAUGGCCGUAUUUAAAGAUGAGUCAUCGUCACAACAUAGAUCAAAACCAAUGCAAGCAAUCAAUAAUAAUAAAGAAAGAGUCGACCCCCGAACCGGAAAAAUUGAACGUGUUGUCGUUAACCUUGAAGCCAUAUAUCCAGAUCCAAACAACCCCGCCCUUGAGAUGAGUCUUGACGAGCUCAGGGCAGCCAGUCGUGGCUGGAUGAGUAAAGAUUGGGCCAGACAAAGAAAAGCACCGUUGAGAGAGAUACCACAGAAUGAAGUCUCAGGCAAAGACCCGCAUAUGAAUGAAAAUGACUAUGGCUCAGACAAACAUCUAUCUGUGGCUCUGCAGGAGAAACUACAGAUUCAUGAUGAGACUGUCCGUGACCACAAAGCCGCAAGAGUCAAGAAGCUCAAGGUUAAAGAAGUAAAAGCAGAAACCCAGAUAGUCAAAACAAAUCUUGAUUCACCUACGGGACCAAGGAUAAAAAAGAGAGGGUCCACUGAACCAACAAUGACAUUCCACACUAAGGCAGCCACAGAUGAAAUAUAUGGUAUAUUCAACCAGCCAUUGAAAUCUGAACUUCAGCUUGCCAAGGACCUAGACAGUGUCUAUGGAAGUGAUUAUGAAGACGAUGACUGUGCCAGCGCGGGAGAAAGCACUGCUACAGGUGGCAUAUCUGCUCCAGGCAGUGAAUUUGGAGAUGAGGAGACCAGUGCUUUUGAAGCAACCAGAGCUAGCGUUGGAGCUGAUGGGUUAGGGGACCAAACAGAAGGGGAUUAUACUAGUGUCAGCGAAUGGACUGAAUUUUCUCCUGAACAGCACAUACCAAAGCCGGGAACAAUAACACCAACUGAUGAAGAGGACGGCGAGAGUCAUGAUGCGUUAGGAACACUUCCUACUCCUCGGCAAGGGGAUCGCAUCGCUCACCAGGAUGAAAACUUUGUCCUUGUCCCACCAGAGGACUAUAAUCCUCCCAGGGGCCCGUAUCGAGAUGCUUUUGUAGCCGCCCAAAAUCGACUCCCUUUUAUGACACCAAUCGUCGAACACACUGAAACUUCUCUCGCUUCGACUGUGUUCAAGAGCAAACACUACAUGAGUGCGAAAACACCUUCCAAGGGGUCUAAAUUCGUGGUAUCGGCGAAAACUCCUGCAGUCCCGGAAAUUGACGAUCUCCUUUUGGAGAGCCCAUUUGGUAAAUUCGCAGACCAGGGCGAUACGGACUUUGACUAUACCAUUGGCGACGGAUCUCCGAGCAAAAUGGCUGGAAAGUUCAAGUCUCCGAGAAACUCGCUUAAGCGUGGCAUGGCUCUACCUCGUGUGAUCAUAGAGGACGCGCAGUGCAAUCCCAUCGAAUUUGCUGUGAGGGAGAGGAUCAUUAACAGCAUACACCCUCCUCUGCGAGCGUAUCCUGGCUAUCAUGACCAUACUGCUCAAGUAGGUGGGAAUGCCGCCGAGAUAAAGAAGUAUCUCAAAACAUUGGCAAAGCCAUCCAAAGCCAAUGGAGGCGAGAAGCAGUUCACAAUACCACCAAUCAUCUGCCUUUCAGGAGCUUCCAGGAGCUAUGCGGUAAAGAGGGAGCUUGGAGAAGGUGGCUUUGCUCCCGUUUAUCUGGCAGAAAGCGUCGAUUCCCCGGAUACCUUUUCUGACUCUGAACAAGAAAAUCUACCACCUAACAAAAGCUCCAGUUGGGCCUGUGGGAACAGGUCAGUCCUCAGAGAUAUUGAGCGAAAGCCCCUGGAAGCUCUCAAGGUUGAGUCUGACCCGCCGUCUGCCUGGGAGUUCUACAUGCUCCAGACAGCCAGAAACCGCAUCGAGAAUUCCUCUCAUUAUCGACGGGCGAAGGAUAGCAUUGUACAAUGUCAUGAAAUGCACCUCUUCAAGGACGAAUCGAUUCUCGUCGAAGACUAUCUGAACCAGGGCACAUUGCUUGACCUCAUUAACAUCAGAACCGAGUCCGCUGGUGGGGUGGCCCCGUCCGACCAGGGGCUCGAGGAAGUGGUGAUCAUGUUCUUUGCAGUAGAAUUGUUCCGUACAGUGGAAGCUCUCCAUUCCUGUGGGAUUCUCCACGGUGAUAUAAAGGCAGACAACUGCCUGGUUCGGCUGACCGAGUCUACCUCUGCAACGGCAAUUCCUUCACCUCGAAGUGGCUCGCUCCUUGAUGACGAUGAUGGCGUCCGCCCUGAGGACGGAAACGUCGAAUACUCUCCGUCUGGACUAUACGGAUGGAAAAACAAAGGCCUGACACUGAUUGACUUUGGCCGGGGUAUCGACAUGCGUGUCUUCAAGCCAGAGGUCCAGUUCGUCGCUGAUUGGAAAGUUGGACAGCACGAGUGCGCUGAAAUGCGUGAGUGCCGACCUUGGACGUACCAGGUAGAUCUGUACGGCCUGGCGGGAACGAUAUACAUCAUGCUUUUCGGCAAGUAUAUGGAGGUGUCUCAAGUGACGGAGAGAACUAGCAAUGGGCCCGGAUCUCCCAGCAUUGUUGGAAACGGCCAUGGUCUGGGAGCGCAGAAGACCUACAGAAUCAAGGAAUCCCUCAAGAGGUACUGGGAACGUGAGAUCUGGGCUGACGUAUUCGAUUUACUUCUUAACCCCUUGAGCCCCAAGUGGGCGGAAAUUGAACGCAACGCACGAGAGACUGCUUCGCCUGAUACCGAGGCUACCGACGAGCAGCCUGCGUUCCCAGUCAAUCACCUUGAUAACUUGGAGCAGCUUAUUGCGCGCAAACGAGGGAAACGCGAUGCUUAA